GAGAACCAUAAAUGAUGUAAUCGUAUCUUUGUAAUAUUUUGUCGGACACAUCUUCCCUCAUUUAUGUAUGGAGGGACGGCUCUAACCGAAGCUAGGUACUCAUUUCACCUAAGUAAAGUGAGGAAAAUUGCGCCUUUCCCAAGGGCACAAGAGCGGUGACAUGGCAGGAUUUAAACUCGAGACCUCUCGGUCCUGAGCCAAUCACGCUGUUGCUUCGAAUUCGCCACGCGAUCUCACAUGCCCGAUCUCUCAUCUUCCAUCCUGACCCCAAUGUUUAAAAAGCGUUCUGCAGGUCUAUUUGCUUGUAAUGAGUAAGCGAAGAUUCAAACAAACUUAUCUGAACUCAGAUAAGGCCUUACAUGUUUUGAUACUCACAUUAGACAGCUGAAUAAGAUUUACUUACACAACAAAGCCGAACUAUGAACGUUACUAUACAAUUCUGAUAUUAGUCAGGUGUUCUUUAAAAUCACAGAAACACUCCCUGUGGUUUCAAACGAUUAUAGAAACCAUUUUAAUUCACGUUCCUAUAGUCUCCCCUGUGUUUAAGUUGUUGUCAAAUCAUGUCUGGAGUGACCCAGAUUUGCCGUGCCAUAUUUGCGGAUGAUACAAAGUCCCGUUAACGUAACACCUUUUUAAGUGCGCCAUUAGCUGUCCUUGAUCAGUCAUCGCAGGUCUAUUCUUCAAGCAGACAGCUGUGCAAAAAGGUGCUGGAAAGGACGCGUUGAUCUCCCAACCACACAGGAAACAGGCUAUCCAACCGUACAUCGUGUAUCAAGACAAGAAGAUGGCAGAACAGAAGACUGAAACCUCUGAGAAGAAGGUCGAGGAUCCCCCUCAGCCAGAAGCGAUCAAACCCUACUGCCCUGUGACCGUGGAACCUGUCUUAUUCCUCUUGUUUACGGCGAUUGUGAUGACCGGGUCGCUUCGGCAGCAGUACAUCUACUACCGCAUCGGCAACGGUACAGUCAACCAGCAGGGCUCCAGCUGCUACGGCAACAGCUCCAACUCUACGGAGUACCAGGAAAGACAGAGCGAUCAGGCAGAAGCCAUCCAAUGGGCGACCGCCAUACAGCUGUCCAGCGGCAUACCGGCACUUGUAGUGACGGUUCUGAUUGGCUCUCUGUCCGACAAACUGGGCCGGAAACUCAAUCUCAUCAUCCCCAUUGUGGGCUGCUUGAUAAACUUUACUGUAGCAGCCUUCGUCGUCCAGUUCAACCUGCCGCUAGCAGUUCUCCUCCCAGGGAUCUUCUUGCUGGGACUUGGAGGCAGCACUGCGACCCUAGCGGGAGGUUGCUAUGCCUACAUCGCGGACAUCACCGGUAAGGGGAGGUCCGGUAUUCCCGUCAGGCUCUCCUGCAAGCUGUUACAGGAGCGGGCAGCAUCGUUGCCGCAUUGGGAGGAAAUUUUUGGUUCCAGCAACUCGGAUUCCCCUUGGGCAUUUCCCAACCGUUUUGGUUCACGGUGGGAUUGUGCGGGUUCUGCCUGCUCUAUGCCAUCUUUGCACUGAAGGAGACCUGCCCGAGGAAGUCUGACAGCCAGCU